CGCACUUCGCUGAACGCAGCAUCAUCCAACGAUGGCCAAGAAGAAAAACAAGCAGGUUCUCCGCCCCUGGUGCUGGUAUUGUGAGAGGGAGUUCGAGGAUGAGAAGGUGUUGAUGCAGCACCAGAAGGCCAAGCAUUUCAAGUGCAACAUGUGUCCACGGCGACUGAACACUGCCGGCGGUCUUGCUGUACACAUCCAACAAGUCCAUAAACUGGAGCCUGAAAACCUACCUCGCAUCGAAAACGCUCUUCCUGGACGGGAUGGGUAUGAGGUGGAAAUCUUCGGAAUGGAGGGCAUUCCUGCGCCCGACGUGGCUGAUUACAAGCGACGUAAGGAGAUCGAGCUUGGUCUCAAUCCAGGUACUAUCACCCAGCCCCAGUCGAAGCGGCCAAAGAUCGAGAACCGCCCGCUCUCCGAAGACGAGCUGAAGGCGCAGCUCGAGGCUCACAAGGCUCUGAUGGGUGCCUCCGAAGCAUCCGCUGCUCCUAUAGCGCAGGAGGCUUCAAUUGGCGGCGUGUAUGCUGCGCCUUCCCAAACAUAUGCUGCUCCGCCCGCCCCUGCGAUGCCGACAUCAGCUAUGUCUCCGCCAGGGAUGCCACCUAUGAUGCCGCCAGGUGCGCCUCCUUUCAUGCCAGGUGGUCUACCCCCAGGUUUCCCGGGGCAACCCCCCUUCCCUGGGAUGCCGCACAUGCCCCCUGGCAUGAUGCCUCCCCCAGGAUUCCCUCCGAUACCGCCGCCAUUCGCUGGCUCGCCGCCCCCAGGAAUGAUGCCCCCAGGCGUACCCCCGUACCACCUUGGCGGUCGACCACCAUUCCCCGGCCCACCGUUCCUUCCCCCGGGUUUACCACCUCCGGGUAUUCCCCCGCCAGGCUUUUCGCCUCCCCCAGGAAUGGGAUUGCCUCAUAUGCAUAUGCCUCCAAUGCCCGGUGCGUCCUCAGCGUCACCCCCACCUCCCCAUGGUGCGCCUGGUCCUCCUGGGGCCGGGGCGUAUCCAGGCCCCGCACCGCAAACUGCUCCUCCUAGCCAAGCACAGCAAACGGUGUCUUCAGCACCACCUCCGCCUUUGGUUCUGCCAAAUCCAUCGCUCGCUCAAGUCAAUCCGCCGUUCAAGAAGGGUACGGCGCUAAAAUGGGAAGAUGCCAACUUCUCUCCGGAGGAGAGGCGAUCGAGAUGCCCGAAGUACUAUUUCCCUCUCGCGAACGAGAAGGCUGAUGGCCCCGUCCCCAAUGUUUCCUCAGAGGAAAUGCGCGGCAAGAAGCGCGCUCGGGCGGAGGACUUCUUGUAGCCCUCUUCGCCGUGGUCGACUGUCUCCCGGAUGCGCGUUCAGGGAGGAUCGGAGCUGCGAUCCGUCGCGACCGGGGAUGCGUGCCAACAGUCCGUCCCGUCCAACCACUCCUUCCUUACCCAUCAUCUUUUGACUCAUCCCUGCCUCGCUCACGUUCCCGAGGGCGUGGAUCUUUUUCGAUACGACGGCAUGGGGAGACGGACAGACCGAGAUGUGGUGGCCAAAGCGGUGCGGAGUUUUCCUUUCCUUCGUUACGUUUCUUGCACAUAGCCUGCGAUAUACUGUACGGUCGGUCGUUUCUUUCGUCCUGUGGCUUUUUAAUAUCGACGUCAGAACUAUGUAUGUAUGAACGAAGGUUGGUGUAUGCACACAUGGCGCAGACGCUAC